CCAGUGCAGCAUUUCAUGGUGCAGGGUGGAAACGCGCGGUGCCAUCUGCCUCGAUCCGUGCUCUCAGCAAACCUCACACAUGCAAGCCCGGCAAGAAAGAUGCUGCCAACUCUCAAGAUUUGGGCAUUGUUUUCUGUGUCGCUCUGCUUCCUGUCUCAACCGGGUCAUUUGAAGAAGGUUUUCCGAUGUCCUUCAACAUGCAGCUGCUCCAGGGAGUCCAUCAUUUGCGUGGGGUCCUCCAAUGUUCCACGGAUGAUCCCCAACGACAUCAAUUCUUUGAGUAUCGUCAAUGGGACUUUUUCCGAGGUCAAAGAGGCAAUGUUUUCUCACCUGUCAUCCCUCCAGCUACUCCUUUUAAAUUCCAAUUCUCUGGCAACGUUAAGGGAUGAUGCAUUCUCAGGCCUUCCACAUCUGGAGUAUCUGUUCAUCGAGAGUAACAAGAUAGAGACUGCAGCCAAGUAUGCCUUCAGAGGACUCAGGGACUUGACUCACUUGUCUUUGGCAAACAACAAUAUUAAAGCCUUGCCCAGAGACCUCUUCAUUGACUUGGACUCACUAAUAGAACUGGACUUGCGGGGCAAUGCCUUUGAGUGUGACUGCCGUGCCAAGUGGCUGAUGACGUGGCUGAAGAACACCAAUGCCACAGUGUCGGAUGUCGUGUGUGCUGGACCGGAGGACAUGAAGGACAAGCGCCUCAAUGAUAUGACCAGCCUGCACAACGAAUGCAUCUCAACGGAUUUUGUCCUCCAUCAGUCGGUUGCAGCUGAGUCUCUGUCUGUUGACACAUUCAGCUACAAGAACGAUGUCUAUGUGACGAUUGCUGCUCCCAGCGCAGAGAGCUGUCUGGUUUUCCAAUGGGACCACAUAGAAAUGAACUUCAGGACUUAUGAUAACAUCACAGGUCAGUCUAUUGUGGGGUGCAAGUCAGUAGUCAUCCAGGACCAGGUGUUUGUCAUUGUGGCCCAGCUCUUUGGUGGUUCUCACAUCUACAAGUUUGAUGAGGACCAAAGCAGGUUCAGCAAGUUCCAGGACAUUGAAGUGUCCAAGAUCUCCAAGCCAAAUGACAUUGAAGCAUUCCAGAUUGGCUCUGACUGGUUCUUUGUGAUUGCUGACAGCUCAAAAGCGGGACUGUCCACCCUCUACAAGUGGAAUGAUAAGGGCUUUUAUUCGUACCAGUCGUUGCAUGAGUGGUACCGCGACACAGAUGCAGAGUUCUUGGACUUGGACGGGAAAGCCCACCUUAUCUUGGCAAGCCGCUCACAGGUGCCUGUGAUCUACCAGUGGAGCCGGAGCAACCAGAAGUUUGUCCUGCAGGGUGAAAUCCCCAACAUGGAGGAUGUUGUUGCGGUAAAGCACUUCCGGAUCAAGGAGGAACUCUACCUGGCUAUGACGCGCUAUAUUGGCGACUCCAAAGUUCUCCGUUGGGGUGCCAAACAGUUUGCGGAGAUCCAGGCCUUGCCCUCUCGAGGCUCCAUGAUUCUCCAGCCGUUUUAUUUCAAAGAACGUUACUACCUGGCCCUGGGGAGCGAUUACACCUUCUCACAGAUCUACCUGUGGGAUGAUGAGAACAAAAUUUUUGACCGCUUCAAGGAGGUGUACAUCCAGGCACCGCGCUCUUUCACUGUGGUUUCCACUGAUCGCAGGGACUUCAUCUUCACCUCGAGCUUCAAGGGAAACACACAGAUCUUUGAGCACAUCAUCAUUGACUUGAGCUUGUGAGGGGCUGUGCUUUAUUGACCCUCCUGCAAUCGAACGUCUUCCACUAAAACGAUACAAUUGUGAAGGGAAAAGAAAGGACUAGAACAGACUUCACAAACCGUUAAAUAUCAAUUUCUCCCUACGUUUCUGUCACAAAUAAGAGCUGGGUCAAGUGGUAUUUGGAAUCCUUUUAGUUUUGAAGGUUUCUUGACUAUUUCUCAAUGGCCUUGUCCUAUUCUAUAUUCUCAUGGUCUCUCAGACUUUCAGAGCCCCUACCAUUUCACAAAGACUGAGAGGGGGAGUCAAGGGCGUGGACAAUUGUACAAACAGGCUGGUAUUCUCCUAAAUAUCUAGCUGGCAUUCCUGAGGGUGGAGCGAUUUGAAAUAUCUUUUGAUCUAUUUGGAUGUAUAGAUUUUAGUUUAAUAUCCCCUCUGCUUAUGGUUUUAUAUUCCUAAAAAUAUACAACAGGACCUGAGAGAGAAAAGUCAUAUUACUAGUUUUAUUCUCAUUCGGGGCAUGUAACAGGUGUGGUUGCUCAUCUAUGUGCCACGCAUACCAUAUGGUAAUGUACAGUUUGUUGCCUUAUCAGCACUGGGGUUCUGUGUUCUGAUGGGCCCACAGUGCCUCCCUCUGGCCGUGAUAAUGUAUCACACCCCUUUGCUUUUUCCAUACAGGGAAUGUCUUGAAAGCACAAACCUUUAAUUAUCGUAGCCGAGACCCCAGCCCUUAGAGUGUAGUUGUGAAGUGGAACAUGUUACUGUAGGUGCUGUAGAUUAUAUUGCGUACAGUAAAAAUAACAAGGAUAACAUGGUUUGUUGAUUUAGGGGGUGAAAUAUUCAGGACUGGAUAUAUAGCUAAUGCCUUUUUAGACAAAUGGGAAUGGAAUAACCUUUUAGUUCAGAGGAACUUUAGCUGGCAAAGCAGACAGAAGCUCUUUGUAUCCAUUUAGUGUUUAGCUGAUGUCAGGGAAAUUAAAAAUUUAAAAAAUACAACAAUAGUUGUUGGACUGACAUAAUAAUUUAACUUUUUUUUAAACUAUAAUUUAAAAAAAGACUCCUCAGCGCCAGAGGUCAGUGGACUCAAAUAAAUAAACUUGUUCAAAGGACAUAUUUUGUUUGUCCAAAAAGGAAGGAAACAAAAUGUUUAUGUAAAUAUAUUCGCCCAAGUUGAGAGGCUUCUUUCCGUCUGUCAUUCUCUUCCUACUAAUACUGAAUGUUGACUUACAAGCUACAAAUGUAUAUACAAAAUGGACUGCAAUGCCACAACCUGUUUGUCACACAAAACCCUGAAGGGAUGUUACACUUACUUUACUUACUGCAGCUUGCGAGAGCAUGACAUUCAAAAAAGGGUGUUUGCCAAAUUCUUUUUAGAUGAACCUAACAAACUCAGAAGUCCAGAAGUGCUUCUCCUCAUUACGUGAAUGAUAUUGCAAUUUAGAAAAAAAACAAAAAAACAUAAUGGAGUAUGCAAGCUUUACAACGUGCAAAUUAUUUUGUAUGAUUUUGUUUUAAGCAUAUUGAAUGUUACUCUCAAAAUAUACUGUAAAUUUAAUCAGUUGAGUAUCAAAAUAAAUGUGUAAAAGUA